AUGCGGCGAACCGGCGGACUGUCGGCGGGAAGGAGGAAAGGGCAAAAACACCGGAGAGAGCACCGGCGUCCCCCACCACCAGCGCGGGCGAGAGAAGACUCGGCGCGCAAACUGUCCUGCAGCGGAGUGGCCCGCGGAGGAGCUCGGCACCGCGUUUGGAGAAGGCUACGCGUGGAGGAGGAGAAGGAGGUCAGAGUGUGUGGAGGAGGAGAAGGAGGUCAGAGUGUGUGGAGGAGGAGGAGGAGGUCAGAGUGUGUGGAGGAGGAGGUCAGAGUGUGUGGAGGAGGAGGUCAGAGUGUGUGGAGGAGGAGGAGGAGGUCAGAGUGUGUGGAGGAGGAGGUCAGAGUGUGGGUCGGUCCUCGCUUCGCUCCUCUUCAGCUCCUCUUCAGCUCCUCCUCAGCUCCUCCUCAGCUCCUCUUCAGCUCCUCCUCAGCUCCUCUUCAGCUCCUCCUCAGCUCCUCCUCAGCUCCUCCUCUUCAGCUCCUCUUCAGCUCCUCUUCAGCUCCUCCUCAGCUCCUCCUCAGCUCCUCUUCAGCUCGUCCUCAGCUCCUCCUCUUCAGCUCCUCUUCAGCUCCUCCUCUUCAGCUCCUCUUCAGCUCCUCUUCAGCUCCUCCUCUUCAGCUCCUCUUCAGCUCCUCUUCAGCUCCUCCUCAGCUCCUCCUCAGCUCCUCCUCAGCUCCUCCUCAGCUCCUCCUCUUCAGCUCCUCUUCAGCUCCUCUUCAGCUCCUCCUCAGCUCCUCCUCAGCUCCUCCUCUUCAGCUCCUCUUCAGCUCCUCCUCAGCUCCUCCUCUUCAGCUCCUCCUCAGCUCCUCUUCAGCUCCUCCUCUUCAGCUCCUCCUCAGCUCCUCCUCAGCUCCUCCUCAGCUCCUCCUCAGUUCCUCCUCAGCUCCUCCUCAGCUCCUCCUCUUCAGCUCCUCUUCAGCUCCUCCUCAGCUCCUCCUCAGCUCCUCCUCAGCUCCUCUUCAGCUCCUCCUCAGCUCCUCCUCAGCUCCUCUUCAGCUCCUCCUCAGCUCCUCCUCAGCUCCUCCUCAGCUCCUCUUCAGCUCCUCUUCAGCUCCUCCUCUUCAGCUCCUCCUCAGCUCCUCUUCAGCUCCUCUUCAGCUCCUCUUCAGCUCCUCUUCAGCUCCUCCUCAGCUCCUCUUCAGCUCCUCUUCAGCUCCUCUUCAGCUCCUCUUCAGCUCCUCUUCAGCUCCUCCUCAGCUCCUCCUCAGCUCCUCCUCAGCUCCUCCUCAGCUCCUCUUCAGCUCCUCCUCAGCUCCUCCUCAGCUCCUCUUCAGCUCCUCUUCAGCUCCUCUUCAGCUCCUCCUCUUCAGCUCCUCCUCAGCUCCUCUUCAGCUCCUCCUCUUCAGCUCCUCCUCAGCUCCUCCUCAGCUCCUCCUCUUCAGCUCCUCCUCAGCUCCUCCUCAGCUCCUCCUCUUCAGCUCCUCUUCAGCUCCUCCUCCUCAGCUCCUCUUCAGCUCCUCCUCUUCAGCUCCUCUUCAGCUCCUCCUCAGCUCCUCCUCUUCAGCUCCUCCUCAGCUCCUCCUCAGCUCCUCCUCUUCAGCUCCUCCUCCUCAGCUCCUCUUCAGCUCCUCCUCCUCAGCUCCUCUUCAGCUCCUCCUCUUCAGCUCCUCUUCAGCUCCUCCUCUUCAGCUCCUCUUCAGCUCCUCCUCCUCAGCUCCUCUUCAGCUCCUCCUCUUCAGCUCCUCUUCAGCUCCUCCUCAACUCCUCUUCAGCUCCUCCUCAGCUCCUCCUCAGCUCCUCUUCAGCUCCUCCUCAACUCCUCUUCAGCUCCUCCUCUUCAGCUCCUCUUCAGCUCCUCCUCAGCUCCUCUUCAGCUCCUCUUCAGCUCCUCUUCAGCUCCUCCUCAACUCCUCUUCAGCUCCUCUUCAGCUCCUCUUCAGCUCCUCCUCAGCUCCUCCUCAGCUCCUCCUCAGUUCCUCCUCAGCUCCAGACUCUCAUCUGUCGCGCUUCGUUAAAACGCAGUAA